CAAAUUCUUCUGUGAUCCUUUUUAUAAACAGAAGGAAGGGGUUUGCUCCAUCCUCACUCAAAUUCCUCGAGUUAUCUGUUUGCACCGAAAACAUGAAGUACCUGCUCUCUUCUGUGUAUUUGGCGAUCCUCUUGGCUCUGUCUGGCGCCGAGCAUCAUCACCAUGGCCAUCUAGACCAGGUGCCGUUGGACUAUGUCAAAUAUCCUCUUGAACCUCUGUACCGUACCAGUACCGGCGAAGUCACUGCUGACGCCAUCUUCUCUGGCAUUACCACCUUCGCUAAAUUGCCGUGGGUGCAGUGUCUCACCAAAGAGAAGGGCGAGUCGUUCGAUAUUGCCUUCAUUGGUGCACCCUUCGAUACCGGUACCAGUUACAGACCUGGAGCACGCUUCGGUCCAGCCGGAAUUCGAACUGGGUCUCGUCGUUUAACGUUAUAUGGCGGCUACAAUGUUCCUCUCGAGUCUAACCCGUUCCAAUCCGGGCUUAAAAUCGUGGACUGUGGCGAUAUUCCCGUUACACCCUACGACAACAAGGUCGCCAUUAAACAGAUUGAAGAAGGGCACAAGGCACUACUGCACCGCGAAACAUACUCUCCUCUGGGGAACGAUUCUGUGACUGGCCAAGCCUUGACGCCCCUCUCUAUCGACGGCAAACACCAUCCCCGUGUCAUUACCCUUGGCGGUGACCACACCAUUGUUCUUCCCCUUUUGCGUUCAGUUUAUUCUGCUUACGGUCCGAUUUCUGUCAUCCACUUUGAUUCUCAUCUGGAUACUUGGAAGCCUUCUGUUUUUGGAGGAGCCCCGUCGGACGUCGCUGCCAUCAACCACGGCACAUAUUUCUACUGGGCGAGCCAAGAAGGUCUCAUUAAGAAUGGAUCAUCAAUUCACGGGGCAAUUCGGACGACACUUUCCGGGCUGGAGGAUUACGACAAUGACGACGACGCGGGCUUCAAGCGCAUUGAGGCCCGCGAGAUCGAUACCCUCGGCACUGAUGGUAUCAUCAAGAAAAUUCGUGAGACCGUCGGGGACGCACCUGUAUACCUCUCUAUCGAUAUCGACUCUAUCGACCCUGCCUUUGCUCCUGCCACGGGUACGCCAGAGACUGGUGGCUGGUCUACUCGCGAGAUUCGCACAAUCUUAAGGGGUUUGGACGGCCUUCAUCUCGUCGGUGCUGACAUUGUAGAAGUCGCACCUGCGUAUGACACCAAUGCAGAACUUACAACUAUUGCAGCAGCCGAUGUUCUCUUCGAAGUCCUCACUGUCAUGACUAAAACACCUCUAGGUAAGGUGCGGGAUCUCAGUAAGGGCAACAGUGCACUUUGAUAUGAGACGCUGGCACAUAUAUGCUUAUGUUUUCUUUCCCUAUUGUCCAAAUAAUGUUCUUGAUUCAUUGUGUUCGUACUGUACACAAAAUCAAUUCUUUCAGUCAAUUUGGGCGGAAGUUGCUUGCG